AUGCGAAACGAGAAUAUCGCAGACCUAGUGCGCUUCUUUCAAGCACAGGAAGACACGGAGGAAGCCAACCCACCCAAAAAGUCUACUAACGGAAGUAUGGACCUGUUCAAGGCGGGCCAGCGCCGUCUGCGAUACCUCGGCCAGACCAAACCGGAAAAAACACCAGGUCAAGGCUCUAAUGCGUCGGGUAGUUCAUCCGAAAAACUCACAGUCCAACGACAACAAUUGACAGCUUUACAACGCGAAGGAUUACUUCCAGGCCUAGGAGACUCGACCGAUAAAUCUAGUCCAUCGCGGACAAAGAAAGAUGUAGAAGCCAUUGGCCGUCCAUGGCUUGAUCAUGCCCUGGGAUCAACAACAAGCAAUGGCGACAGAUCGACAUCGCAGACUACGCUACCUCUUCACGACUUGCGCAGUGAAUCUCUAAGUCUAGGGGACUUGGCUGCUCUAGUCGAAUUUUCUGUCUCGUUUCCAGAACUGUAUCCUCACGAGUCAAGUCCACCGCCGUACCAAGCCCGGGCUCAAUCGGACUCUCAGCCUCAGCCGGAGUCACAACAGCCUUCUAGCCUCAAUACUGUCAACAGUCCAUUGGUGUCAGCAACGGAUCGACGCUUAAUUCAAGCAACCCACAAUGGAAAUGAAGAUGACCAGCCGGGGACAAUCCCAAGUGGAGGUCAAAGUAGAGAUUCGCGCGUUGGCGGAGCUAGUUUAGCACCGAACAAAAGUGUCCAGGGGCACCGUGUCGCCGGAGCCGUUAGCACUGGCAGACAGGCCCCCCAGAGCAAGUCCAAUAUAGACAAGGAUGACGAUGAUAGCUGCUGUGGAUCCAAUAAUUGUGAAUGUGAUGACGCGAAAAGCCUCGCAGUGCUUCUCCGCGCUACGGAGCGAUUAGGGGUUGAGAAAAAGAAAAGUGAUACCCAAAACCCGCGAGAACCCGCACCUACAUCUGCCACUAUUUCUACUGCUGCCACUACAAAUCGAACUGCACCUACCAAAACGACUAUUAGUACCGUCAUUGUAAAUGCCGCUACUGAAGAAAACAAUGGACCGCCUCACUCCCUUAACCAAGGUGUUACUGAUACUCCUUUAUUUGGAAGAAAGCUAGUGGAAGAAAAAAUCGACGGAGUGCAAGCCGCCCAUGAACUAAGCACUAAAGCUUCCACUUCCAGGAGAACAGACCAACCAACACUCCUGUCACCAGCUGAACCCGGCCUGUCAAAGCCUCUCAACGCCGGCCCCAUACCGCUAAAACUAGUCGCUGAAUGCAUGUCUCCCACCAAUUCUAGGCUUGUUACUUCCCCACAGCAGCCGUUGAGCCCGCACGAUCCCCGUCCUCAGGCUGGAUUUCAAGGCCGUUUGACAGGUGACUCGGCCUUGGUGCACCCUCGCUCUGCUUCUUCUAUUGGCCCAAGCUUGGCGAUUUUUCCUCGUCCUCAAGCUCUUCUUUCUCCAAUGCCCAUUCAAUCUCGUCGCUCUCGCAGUGCGACUCCGGAUGUUGCAGCAUCUGACAGCACCAGCAAAAAGGGAAAGAAAGUAAAGAGAACUCCCUUGUAUGUAAUCACAAACACUGCUCCUUUACCUCCGCCGGCAAAGCCUCUGCCUCUUAUUCCACAGAGUGCAGGCGCCAAUAUCGGCAACAAGCCUGCUCCAAGGGACAGGAAUAUUUCGACACCAGUACACCCAUUUUCCGCUCCUUUGGAGUAUAGAGAGGAAGACAGGGAUAGCCCUAUUCUAGGGAUGAAUACUCAGAAAUUGCGACUCCGGAGGUCUUGGAUUGGGCCCCGGCCAUCGUCAAGAUACUCAAGCAGGAGCAAUGAUGCCUCCGAUGGUUCGAGUAUAAACGACGAUCAAACACCGAGAACUGGGUCUCCCGCUCUUUCCAGACCAGAAUCUCGACGGGGCCGAGCCGAUCAAGUUCAUGCGCUUCGAAUGCGGGAUUUGGAUGCCAGCAAGAAAAAAGAAGCCUUUGUGUCUGAGCCCGAUCUUGAUGCAACACAAAUCAAACCUAGCAACACUGUCAUUGCACAGCCCAGCUCUCCAAGCUGGAAGGAAGAAGCACGGAAGUCAAGUCGAAAGCACCGUGUCAGUGCGGUUCCUGGGAUUCCACUUCCCAGAGAUCCACCCGUCAAUGCUCAAGGCACGCCAAACCACCGGCGACGAAACUCUGCGACGUCCAUGCCAGGGUCUAUCGCAACUACGAAUGGGUACGAAGGAGGUUUAUCUCGCAGUGUCAGUGUGACUAGCGGCUCCAAUGAAAGUCUCUCUAUCCGACAUGGGAAGGCAGCUUACCCGGCAAGAGAUACCACCAAACAUAUGACCCAACGACAGGUUCAACCUAAUUCGCCGUUGCUGCCAUCUUCAGACGAGGAGAGGCAAAAACAUCUUUCACAUCCUGCCGAGGAUAGUCUGCUAGAGGCUCGUGCAUCUGAACGAAAGACUGCCGGAAAGCAGAAGGUGGUCUAUGAUCACCAACCAUUAUCUUCAAUCUCUCAAACUACCCAAGAUGCAGUCCUCACUGGUGGCUCUCAAACCAACUAUCUCCAUCUUGUGCGGAGUUUGGAGUCUCGCGUGGCUUCGCUGGAGCGACAGAACAAAAUGCUUCAAGCUGCUUUACUUGCCGCUCUCGACAUGGGCGUUUCUCACGACGCCGACAGUAUUCACAGCCGCUCUGCAAGUCCGUCAUUGGGCUCCAUGAGGAUACCAACGAUCAGUGAAAGAUCUAUGCUUUCACCACAUGGCUUGGGUGUCGAUACCGCUCGUCAUGUGCAGGGAAAAUCGUCGCAAAGGCACCACAAAAGUCGCAAUGCCUCUUACGCUCACGACGACGCAUUACAAGAGAGUCGCGGGAGUUUCGAGACCACCAGUUCCCGCAGCGAUGGUAGUCUGAGGGAAAUUGAGGUUAUAUUAAGUGAUGUCGAUGUGGGAGACUCGACUCGAAAGAGUCGUCAGUAG